GCAAAUAAGUGCAGUCCUUCCGCAUGCGGAGCUAUUCUCAAUAGCAGCUACCCUUUCGGCCUCAAGACCGACCCCAGCCACUGCGGCCAUCCCAAAUUCAAACUCACCUGCGAAAGCAAUGUCACCUUCCUCUAUCUUAAAAACUCUAUCAAAUACUAUGUCAAAGCAAUGACUACCAAAAUUCCACCAUCAGGCUGGUUGAUGCUUCCAUAAACAACGACGACAUCUGCUCUUUCCCCAUCCGCUCCUCAUAUCCCUAUGAAAUCUCCCGUCCUUAUCUUUCCAAUUCCGAUUUUUUUUACUGUGGUGAAGUAUGGUUUGUUAAAUUGAUUAGCUGCCCCAAUCCAAUCAACAAUUCUCACCCCAAUCCGAUCAACAAUUCUACCCUUUUCACAGACAUUAAUCCAUAUUGUGCCUCUAAUUCAUCACAUUCUCGAUUUAGUUAUGUAAAGGUUCUGCUGAGGCCCUCAGAGUUACCACAUAUGUGUAAAUUAGAUCUAAUAAUCGUGACAACGUGGCCGGGAUUCACGCAUGUGAAGAAUGUUUCACUCUCAGAAAUCCACCAAUCUCUCUUGUAUGGACUUGAUCUCAAUUUCUGUUCUAGUUGCAGAAUCACAACCACAGCAUGGGAGAAAUUCAUAUAUAACUUAUUAGGACCUACUCGGUAUCUCCUAAUUCCUCUGGCCAUUCUAGUGUUCAUAAUUGCAGGGGUAAGCCUUCCUGUGACAAUCAUCAUCGGAAUUGCAGGUGUAUUAGUACUCUCAUUUAUUUCCUAUUUUCAAGGGAUACAAGACCGUAAGUAUCUUUUAUUUCAUUUUUCUUUUUGUCAGGCCUUGAAUCUGUUGUUUGUCUUUUUGGGUGUAGCCUGUCGUCUGUGUGCCUAUUUAUAUAGAAUGUUCUACUCUCAGGCUAUGGGAGAAGAUCAUUACCAUGAAUUCAAUGGACUUUGGGAGUUUUGGUUUAGCACAAUUUUCCAGCUGACAUUAUUGUCAUUGUCACCAUAAUCGGUGCACCAAGGAUAAUCAUAUGUUCUUUGAUAGUCUGGUUUUUGAUCUACAAAUUCCGGAGAAGGCACUUAUCCUCUUUCAAGGGAGUAGAAUCAUUCCUACAAAGUGACAAUAAACUCGCUCCAAUUGAUAUUCCUACUCAGACUUAAAGAAGAUGACUAAGAAUUUUGAAGAUAAACUUGGCCAAGGAGGCUUUGGUUCUGUUUACAAAGGAAAGCUUCGAAGUGGCUAUCUUGUAGUAGUCAAAUUGCUUGGAAAAUCUGCAGCAAAUGGGAAAGAUUUCAUGAAUGAAAUAGGAACUAUUGGGAGGAUCCAUCAUGUAUGUUGUCCAACUCGUUGGCUAUUAUGCUGCAAAAUUAAAGCGUGCCUUAAUUUUUGAUUUCAUGCCAAACGGUUCGCUUGACAAGUACGUCUUCAAUAGAGAAAAAAGCUAUUCAUUGGAUUGGGCUAUGAAAUUUAAGAUUGCAGUUGAAGUGGCCCGAGGGAUCAAAUAUUUGCCCCAUGGUUGUGACAUUCAGAUUUUGCAUUUUGACAUCAAACCUCACAAUAUACUUUUUGAUGAUAAGUUCGUCCCAAAAAUAUUGGAUUUUAGAUUGGCGAAAUUAUGCUCCACAAACAAGGAGAUAGUUAUAGUGACGGCUGCAAGAGGAACCAUAGGGUAUGUUGCUCCAGAACUGAUCAAUAGAAGUAUUGGCGCAGUGUCUUACAAGGCUGAUGUGUAUAGUUUUGGGAUGUUGAUUGAAAUGGUGGGAUUAAACAAAGACUUGCCAUGAAACAAUGAUGAAUCUAGUAACUAUUUCCCAAACUGGAUAUACGACCACUUGAACCUAGGUAGGGACAUUGACAUUGGAAAUGUUGUUGAAAAUGAUGAUAGAAACAUUAGUCGGAAGAUGACUAUUGUUGCGUUAUGGUGCAUACAAAUGAGUCCAAACAAUCGUCCAUCUAUGAAUAAGGUGUUGGCUAGAUGUUAGAAGAUGAUGUCGAACAUCUGCAAAUUCCCGAUUAUCCAGCGCAUGUGGCAGGGAAUCAGGAAGAAAACUGGGCUACAGA